CCCCGCCUCCCUCGCCUCGCGGAGCCGCGCCGCCGGGUAGUCCGUGCGCCCGGUGCUCUGCCACCCCCGCCGCCCAGGAGCCCGGAGCCGAAGCCUGAGCCGGAACGGGUUGGGCGCCAUCAUGCUGAGCCGGCUCGGGGCGCUGCUGCAGGAGGCCGUGGGCGCUCGGGAGCCCACCCUUGACCUUCUGGAAGCGUUCGUGGAGCACUGGAAGGGUAUCACGCACUACUACAUUGAAAGCACAGAUGAACACACCCCAGCCAAGAAGACUGAUAUCCCCUGGCGGCUGAAGCAGAUGCUGGACAUCCUGGUGUACGAGGAGAGGCAGCAGGCAGCGGGCGAGGCCGGGCCCUGCCUCGAGUACCUGCUGCAGCACAAGAUCCUGGAGACCCUGUGCACGCUGGGCAAGGCCGAGUACCCCCCAGGCAUGCGGCAGCAGGUGUUCCAGUUCUUCAGCAAGGUGCUGGCCCAGGUUCAGCACCCGCUCCUGCAUUACCUCAACGUCCACAGGCCUGUGCAGAAACUUCUCCGGCUCGGUGGUACAGAUCCUGGAUCCCUCACAGAAAAGGAGGAGGUGCAGUUCACCACCGUCCUCUGCUCCAAGAUCCAGCAGGAUCCAGCCCUGCUCACCUACAUCCUGGAAGGUAAGAAGACUGUCGCUAAGAAAAAGUCGUCCAAAGAACCCACCACCUUGCCUAGGGUGACGGCGGCCAGUAUCGAGAAGAAGGACCACCCCCACAGUGAGGCUCCUGACAGGGGUCCCUGUGGCGCCCGGGCUUUGACCACCCAGCUGCCUGUUGAGACCUGGGAGCCCGAUGGGACUGGGGAGAGCAACCUGGUCACCUCACUGGUUGGCUUGUGCAAGAGCAAGAAAGGUCGUGUGGCCCUGAAGGCCCAGGAGAACCUGCUGCUCCUUGUUAGCGUGGCUCCCCUGGCAGCUGCCACCCACCUGGUACAGAGCAGCCCCUUUUGCCCUGCGAUUGUCGAGCACCUUUGCCAGCUGUACCAGUCCAUGCCCACCUUCCUGGACCCUGCAGACAUUGCUGCUUUGGAGGGCAUCAGCUGGAGGGUACCCAGUGCCCCGUCUGAUGAGGCUUCCUUCCUGGGCAAAGAGGCCUUGGCAGCCUUUCUGGGAUGGUUUGAUUACUGCGACCGUCUCAUCCAGGAGGCACACAUGGUGGUUGCAGAUGCCUUGGCGAAGGCCGUGGCCGAGAAGUUAUUUGUGGACAUUCUGCAGCCGCAGCUCCUACACGUGUCCGAGCAGAGUGUCCUGACCUCCACUGCCCUGCUGACGGCCCUGCUGCGCCGGCUCCGCUCCCCUGCGCUGCUUCAGGAGGCUGUGGCCUUCCUCCUGGGCACUGACCCGCGGCCUGCAGCCCCCGAGGACAGCCCCUGCACUCUGUGUGCUCAGCUCAUCAGGCACUGCGACCACCUCUCCGAUGAGAUCAGCGUCGCCACGCUGCGGCUGUUCGAGGAGCUGCUCCAGAAGCCCCAUGAGCACAUCGUCCGAAAGCUGGUCCUGUGCCACCUGGAGGGCCGCCCCUACGUGGCGCGGGGUUGCCCGGAGCCUGAGAGCUAUGAGGACACCCUCGACCUGGAGGAAGACCCCUACUUCACAGAUGGCCUCCUCGAUGCCAGCUUUCAGUCCCCUGCCAAGCCUGCUCCAGCCCCUGCCACCACCCCAGAUGGCAAGACAGCGGUGACCGAGAUUGUCAACAGCUUCCUCUGCCUGGUUCCUGAGGAGGCCAAGACCUCAGCCUUCCUGGAGGAGACUGGCUAUGACACCUACGUCCAUGAUGCCUACGGACUGUUCCAGGAGUGCAGCUCCCGAGUCGCCCCCUGGGGCUGGACCCCAGCUCUCACACCCCUGGACCCCCAUGAGCCCGAGCGGCCUUUCUUUGAGGGGCACUUCCUCCGGAUGCUGUUUGACCGCAUGUCCCGGAUUUUGGAGCAGCCAUACAGCCUGAACUUGCAGGUGACCUCAGUCCUGUCCCGGCUCGCCCUUUUCCCCCACCCCCUCAUCCAUGAGUAUCUCCUGGACCCCUACGUCAACCUGGCCCCGGGCUGCAGGAGCCUGUUCUCUGUGCUGGUCCGGGUAAUCGGGGACUUGAUGCAGAGGAUUCAGAGGGUACCCCAGUUCCCAGGCAAACUGUUCCUGGUGCGUAAGCAGCUGAUGGGUCACGUUCCUGGGGAGCAGCUGGACCACCAGACCCUUCUCCAGGGUGUGGUCGUCCUGGAGGAAUUCUGCAAGGAGCUGGCUGCCAUCGCCUUCGUCAAGUUCCCCCCACAGGGACCUCAUCCGUACCUCUCCCCACCCCUGGAAGGGCACAUCUGAGGCAGGAGCGUGGCGGGCGGGGAGGCUCCUGACCUCCCCUCCUGCCCGGGAGCUGCCUCCUGCCUGGCACAGCCGCCACCACCCUUCUCCUGGGCUGGGGGCCUGGCCCCUUCUCCUCUGUGUCCUCCAGGGACCUCUGCCUCUGCGGCUCUCAAGUCACCUCCAGGAGACCCUGCCUUGCUGGCUGCACCAGGCUGGGCUUCAGGAAGUGGGUCUCCCAAGGUACCAGAAGCCAAGGAGCAAAAGGGGUGGCCUCCCAGGCAGCAUGGGGUCUCCAGGGCCUUCUCAGUGGAGCUGGGUGAUGGCCAGGUGACCAUUGGAACCCAGACUCUCCUGUGUUCUGUACCUGUCUCUACGGGACACAGGGCCAAGACCUGUGACUCAGUUCUAGCCACAUGAGGGGAGUGAGCUGAUGGCUCCGAGGCCAGGCAGAACUGCAGAUCAGAAAGACGGGGCACAGGAGCCCUGUCUCUGUCACACUAGGUACCGGUGGAUGCUGCUAAGACUUGACAUUUUUUUCCUCCUGCCUUCUGGACUUAACCCUUGUGGAGGGGUACUGGCUGGUAGGGGUAGCCCACUCUUCUUCCCUGGCCCUCCUGGAGACUGUUGCAAAAUCCCAAACUGCCUCAUGGCAUAUGGCCAAAGCAUGCUCCGCGCCCAGGCGGGGGCAGCUGCUAAUGAGAACCUUGAUGCAAUUCCACCAGGGCGGGAGAGGGCCUGGGGAGCUGGGGGCUGGGUGCCAGGCUCUAGCUCCAGCUGGUUUCUCCCUGGCGCCUUCUGAACCCGUCUCAGCAGGUCCACAACACCUGGGCAGAGGGGCUUGAGACCAGGGGAGUCCAGGCCCAGCCCGCAGUGUUCUCGAGGGAAUGCUCUCCCUGGGGAUCUCGGGGUACAGGGGAGGCUGGGGCACCCACCUGGUGGCAGCCCCCAAAGCCUGGCAGGGAGGGGCUGGAGUCCAGGCAGCAGCCCCGGCGCUCUUCUCCCUGCGUGCCCUGAGUCUGGGGCUGCCACCCCACCCGGCCCGAAUCUGCCUCGACCUGCAGGAACACACAGGCGGCGCCAGGCAUUACCUCACAGCGGGACUGCAGUUGCUGGCUUUGCUCCUGGGCAAGGAGGAGCAGGCCAGAGCCCCUUGCGCUUCCUUUUCCUGCCCAUGCCGCUUCUAGAAGCCAGCCACAGGUUGCCAAGAGGUGACAUGAAAGAAGAGGAAACUUGGUGACCUCUACCUCUCCCGCAUUCCUCCCAGCUGGGGAGGGCUGAGCUGCUGUGCGGACGGACACUGGGCGUGUAUGUGCAGGCAUGCACGCACACAUGGGUGUCGGCGUGGGACAGGAGCAGAGCUCAGUGGGCAAACUGGGUCUGGACUCUCCGAUUCUGAAGAUGCUCGAGUGUCCGAGUCACAGACACUCCCAGCCUUGAUGUGCUUAGGCGCUCCUGCAGUGCUCCCCCACCCCAGACACCACGGCAAUAAACAGUGUGGUUGUGUGGACACA